CCCCACCCGCUGCUCACAAAGGCAGCACCCUGAACUCUCUUAGGGCCGCCGAGCUUCUGCCAGCUGUGAGCCAGAGACCGCCCGGGCAGCGAUGACAAGGGGCAGGGAGACUUCUGGGGCACCUGGAGCCCCCUGCUAACCGGAUCCAUCCUCCCCACCAGGCCUGCAGCAGGCAGCCCGCGUGCCUGGGCGCGGGGCCGGGUGACCUUGCUCGGAUGCCCCCGCGAGCGUCCUGCGCGGCCGUGGCCCGGGGACCGAGAGGGAUGCGCGCCUUUGUCUCCCAGUGACGCAAAGGGCUCUUCCUGCUUCAGCCAGCCCCUCCUCCUGGCUCCCAUGGGGACCACCGAGGCCACACUUCGGAUGGAAAACGUGGAUGUGCGGGAGGAAUGGCAGGAUGAGGAUCUUCCCAGGCCGCUCCCGGAGGAGACGGGGAUGGAGCUGCUGGGGAGCCCUGGGGAAGAUGCAUCCUCCCUGCCCAGCACGCUGAACUUCGGGGGAGCUCAUCGGAAAAGGAAGACGCUGGUGGCCCCCGAGAUCAACAUCUCCCUGGACCAGAGCGAAGGCUCCCUGCUGUCCGAUGACUUCCUGGACACCCCCGAUGACCUGGACAUCAACGUGGACGACAUCGAAACCCCCGAUGAGACCGACUCGCUGGAGUUCCUGGGAAACGGGAACGACCUGGAGUGGGAAGAUGACACCCCCGUGGCCACCGCCAAGAACAUGCCUGGGGACAGCGCAGAUCUGUUUGGGGACAGCGCGGCGGAGGACGGCGGCGCCGCCAAUGGGCGGCUGUGGCGGACUGUGAUCAUCGGGGAGCAGGAGCACCGCAUCGACCUGCACAUGAUCCGGCCGUACAUGAAGGUGGUCACCCACGGAGGGUACUACGGGGAGGGCCUCAACGCCAUCAUCGUCUUUGCCGCCUGCUUCCUCCCGGACAGCAGCGCCCCUGACUACCACUACAUCAUGGAGAACCUCUUCCUGUACGUGAUCAGCAGCCUGGAGCUGCUGGUGGCCGAGGACUACAUGAUCGUGUAUCUGAAUGGCGCCACGCCCCGGAGGAGGAUGCCGGGCAUCGGCUGGCUGAAGAAGUGUUACCAGAUGAUCGAUAGGAGAUUGCGGAAAAAUCUGAAGUCCCUGAUCAUCGUCCACCCAUCCUGGUUCAUCCGGACCGUGCUGGCCAUCUCCCGGCCCUUCAUCAGCGUCAAGUUCAUCAAUAAGAUCCAGUACGUGCACAGCCUGGAGGAGCUGGAGCAGCUCAUCCCCAUGGAGCAUGUGCAGAUUCCGGACUGCGUCCUGCAGUACGAAGAGGAAAGACUCCAAGCCAGGAGAGAGAGCUCCAGGCCCCAGCCAGAAUUUGUCCUGCCCAGAUCUGAAGAAAAGCCAGAGGCAGUGCUGGAGGACGACAGGUCUGCUCCUGACACAGAGGACCAGGAAACAAGGCACACUGAGAAGAAGCAAGCUCCUAAUGUACUUCCCAAAAGACCACUGAACCCACACUGUCUGCAGAUGAGCCCACAGACCCAAACACACAAGGAAGUUGUGCACCGUGAGCCAGCGUCAGCAGACCAAACCCAGAGCAGAAGGAGACCCUCUGCUGGGGACCCUUAAGGGGAGAUGCAUGUCCUGAGACGGCCAGAUCAAAGAGAAGGACACGGAAGAAGAUUCCAGAUGCCAAGAAACCUCUGUCAGAUGCCCUCUGGCCCCAGAACUCAUCCCACCUCAUCCUGAGUCCUGAUCGUCCCAGGGGACCGGUCUCUCCAUCCACCUCUGACAUCCAGUGUCCUUUUUAGCGGCUCAGAAACAUUUUGGAAACAGUGUGGUAUUAGCAUGCUCUGGAAAAGGGCCCGGUUCUCAGCCCUCCCGUGUCCACACUGGUGAGAUCACAACCAAGGAAGGGACCCACGUGGGCCUGUGGAGCCCUGGUGAUCUUGCCGCUGUCCCAGCCCCGCAGCCGCAGGACACCUCUCUCUGGCACAGGCUCCGGACCCCUCUCUAUCAAUCGCUCGUCUGUCUGGAGCUACAGGCACCCUCCGGCGUGGCCGAGCCCGGGUUCAUCCCCGUGCCUUCCCUCCAGGGAUGUGUCCCGUGCCUGGCCCUCGGCCCUGGGACCUCGGUCCCGAGCAGGACUGUGCCUUGGGACACAGCCUCCGCCUUGUGUCCCAGAUUACACCCCUGGUUUGUCACCUCCCUGUCACCUCCAAGGACACCUACUUUCCUUGGGAGCCUCCAAGCCCAUCGUGUAAGUAGGAACCAUUGUCGGACCCCAUCCUUGCCCUCUUCUUGAACAUUCCCAAGCCCCUUUCCCUGGGGUGCCACAGCCCAGGGCCAGCCCAAGUGACACCUGUGACAGCCCCAGUGCCAGGUCAGGACACGCCCACAGCAGAGGCCAAGGAAGCCGGUUCUGAAAUGGGGUGAUCCUGGAAACGCAGACAUCACCGAAGGAAGACACAGGGUACCAGAGCUAGGGAUGCUUCAGAGAUCACUUGGGAAAAUAAAUCCCAACAGGCCAGAUGCUGUGGUCCCCUGCAUUCCAAAUUCAUCCUAGCACUCGGGAGGCUGAGGCAGGAGGACUGCCGUGAGUUUGAGACCAGCCUGGCCUAUAGAGUGAAUCUGAA